AUGGUUUAUGCUAUUAUUAUAAAAAAUGCUACAAAAUAUACAAAGAGAGAUGGUGAAAAUUUAAUUCAAAAGAAAAACGAAAACACAAAUAAUUAUGAUGAAAAUGUAGAUACUCUCAAAAAUUCUAAGAAGAAAAAUAAAUACUCCAUAUUGAACUACUUUGACAUAAAAAAGAAAGAGAAGAAAAAAGAAAAUUCUAAAAAUGACAAUUUUUUGAAUAAAAUUUCUUUUAAAAAUGAUUUUUAUUAUGUUGAAGAAAGUGAUUAUUUAAAGCAAGAAUUUCUAUUAAAAUAUAUUAGAUAUAUAAGUCAUGGUAUAAAAAAUGAGACAAAAAUUAAAGAAAAUAUUUUAAAAUUAUUACUUUUAUUAAAAACAGAAGAUAUAUAUUUAAAAAUAUUUUGCAAGAAAAUUUAUCUUUAUGAAAUAAAAAGAAAAAAUUAUACUAAUAUUUUAGAUAUUGAUGAAAAAAUAUAUAUAAAUAAUAUUUAUAACAAGAAAUUAAAAAAGACAAAAUUUAUGACGAAUAUAAUAAAUGAUAACAUUUAUGAAUAUAAAUUAAAAUAUUGUAAAGAAAACAAUUUAAUAUCUUUUGAAUACUAUGAUGGCUUUAAAAAAUCUUUUAAAAUCUCUAAUGAAACCUUUUUUUAUAUGGUAUCAAGUGAUAAAUGUAUAUUUAAUAAUUAUAAUAAUAAUUAUUUGAAAAGUAGAGAGAUGUUAAAUCAUGAUAAUAAAUAUAUUUAUACUUUAGAGAAAAGCGUAGAUAAUAAAAUUAAAAUAGAAAUAAUAGAUACAGAAAGUAAAAUAAGCAAGAUACAAUUUUUUGUUGAAUAUAAGCCACUUCGAGUUUUUUACACUAAUAACCAUUUAUUUUUUGUAAAUACUUUAAAUGAUUCUAAAAAGUUAAAAUACUUUUCAUAUUCUUUAUAUAAUAAUAAUUAUAAUGAAAAAAUCAGAAUUGUAUAUGUGUCUGCUAUUCAUCCGUUUUUCUCAAACAUUAUUUACAAUGAGAGUACUUAUUCCUUUUUUAAAAAAUGUAAAUAUUUUUAUGAAAAAGAAAAGAUUUUUAUUUGGUCUGAUGAACUAGUAUAUUCUUCGAAUGAAAAAUCAAAAAUUAAUCAAAAUACUAAUAUGAAUAUUAUACAUAUUAAUUCUAAUGUAAAUAUAUGUUUGGCAUAUGAAUGUAAUACAGAUACUUAUUUUUUUUUUAAUAUUAUCUAUGAUAUAAAAAAAUAUAAUAAUAAAUUUUUAAAAGAAUAUUUUAAAAAAGAAAAAAUAAACAAAUUUCUUGUUUUUCAACAUUUUUUAAGUAUAGAAAGAAAUAAUUUUUUUUAUAAAAAUGAAACCUUCAAUAAUAUUAACUUUAAUACAGAAAUAUAUAGGCCUCAUAUUAUACUUACUAGUGGAGGAAAUAAAAGUAUUUAUAACAAAAUUAAGUUAUGUUUAUAUGAUAAUAUCAAUAAUUUAUUAUUUAUAAUACCUAUUUUCCAUAAAUAUGUGAAAGAUAAAAUUAAAAUUGUUAAGAAUGUUUUAAAUUUUACUACAAUUAAUAUAUCGAGAGAAUUUUCUACAAUAAAAUUCUACCCAUAUAACAUAUGUGCAUUUUUAAACAAUAAAAUUAAUAGCACUAAUUUAAAACUACAAAAUAAAUGUUUAGAACUAGAAGAAAAUAUCAUUAAUGUCUCUACAGGAUAUAAAAGAAAAUAUUAUUUUAAUAAUUUAUUAAAAAAAAAAAUUAACAUACUAAAAUCAAAAAGUAACAUAAAGAACGAAUCAGAAAAAAAUAUGAAAAAACAAAAUAAUGUUAUUCUUGAUAUUAAUAAAAUUAAUCAUUUUAUUAUUAUUUUAAAUACAAAUGGAUUUUUAUAUUUGUUAUCAGAUGACGUUUAUGUUACUAGCAUAUAUUUACAUAAUAAUAAAUCACAAAUAUAUAAUAUAUACAAUUCAAACUUAUGCAACUUAACGGUAGAUACAAUCGAUUAUGAACAAAAUAGUAUUUCUUUGAAAUCUUUUAGAAUUCAUGUUGAUAUAUUACCUAAAAAUAAGACACUAAAAAUUCUUUUAAUUUUCUUUUAUUAUUAUAUAUGUAAAAAAAUUUCAUCAGAAUUUUUUACAUUGUGUCUCUAUGAAUGUAAAAAGAAAGAAGAGAAUAAAAAUAUAUUUAAUUUUUUAAAUAUAGAUAUAUAUUUUUUUGAUAAUGAAUAUAUAGAAUUCAGUGAGAAUAAGAAUACAAGUGACAAUUUUGAUAAGAUGGAUAAUACAUAUACCAACACUUUAAAUUUUAAUAAUUACAAAGAAAAAAAUAUUUUAGGAAAAGAUAACACAUGCAACAUAGCAUAUAAUAAUAAUAAAAAAGAAAACAUAGAAUUAAAUGAACAAAUGAACUAUCAAUAUAAUCAAUGUAAUACUUCUAAACAUUCUUAUAUAGAUUCAAACAAAGAAUUUAUUAAGGAUACAAAAAAGUAUAAGAUGCUUAAUUUGAAUUUUUCUGAUAUAGAAAAUUUACAACAUAUAGAAUUUAGUCGUUUUAUAUACUUAUUUCUGUUAUUAUGUGUAGAAGAUUUAAAAACAUACAAAAAAUUAGAAAAGUAUUUAUAUAUUAAAAAAAAAAAGAAUUUUCAUGAUGAACUUGUGGAAUAUAACGAAUCAAAAUUUAAUUGCUUUUUGUUUAACUAUGAUAGUGAAAUAAAUACAGAUAGUGAACAAAGUUAUAUUUCUUCACAAUCUUCAUCAAAUUCUUCCAGUUGUAAAAAAAGACAAAUAGAAAAAAUUGUAUAUAAAAAAAAAAACAAUGAUAUUUCUGAUAAUAGUAAAAAUAAUAAUAUAUAUCAAUGUGGAGAUACAUAUAAUAAUACAAAUAUAGAUUCUAGUAAAAUAAAAAAAAAUAUGAGAGAAAAAGAGUUUUCUCAUGUUAAUGAUAAUUAUUAUAGUGUAAUUAAUAAUUUUAUAAAAUAUUUACACAAUAAAUAUAAACAUAUAUACAAUAAUAGAUACUUAAUAUUAACUUAUUUACAUUUGUAUUUUGAUGAAAUUAAUAUAUGUGAAUAUAUAGAUCAAAAAAUAAAAAAUAAUUUAAUACUAAUUAUUAUUAUAUUAUCUUAUACAUUAAAUCUGUAUAAUUUUUUGUUCUAUUAUAUAAAUAAGCUAAGUAUAUAUAAGAAAAAAAAAUUAGAACAUUUUUAUUUUCAUAUAUGUAAAAUGUAUCAUAAAUAUGAAUUAAUAAAAAAGUGUAAAUAUACAUCUAAAUAUAGUUACUUCUCAAAUAAUGCUAUUAAAAGAGCAAAUGAAGAAAAUGAAUUAAAACCAGAUAAUAAACAUGUAAAAAAUAUAAGUUCCAAUAAUUCAAAUGAUAAUAUUUCUUAUAAUAAAAAAUCAUAUAUUAAUACAAUGAAUGAUAAUAUAAUAAAUUAUAAUAAAUUUAAUAAUAGCACGUCAACAUAUAGUUUUUCAAAAUAUACAUUUAUAAAUAAUUACUUGAAAGAAAAAUUUACAAAAUUAAAAAAAAUUCCCAGUAUAUUAGAAAUUCUACAUAAAAUUGUAGAUGUUAAUAAAAACAAUAAUUAUAAAAAUAGUCUUAAUCAUUAUAUUAAUACUACCUUUUUCUUACAGCAUGUAGAAUUCUUUUCAAAUAAACUAAAAUUAAAAUAUGAAUACUAUUUAAGAGAAGUAGAAAAAAUUUUGAAUAUUAUAAAAAAAGAAAAAGAAAAGGGAAAAGAAAUUAAAUAUAAUAAAAAUAUAAAUAAUUGUUAUAAUAAUUUUGAGUUAUUUAAAUCUUCAAUUUUAUCCAAUGAUCAAAUGAAAUAUUUAUAUUAUUUUUCUUCAUUAUUUUUUCCUUUAAAACUUCUUUUAAUUAUUUCGUAUUUGAGUCUAUUUUAUAAAUCAAAAGUUAAAAAAAAGAUUUUAUAUAAAAAUUUUUAUAGGAACAUAAUUAAAGGUGAAUUAGAUGUAAUCUAUUCAUCUAUUUUUAAUUUAGAUUUUAUGAACAGUGAUGAAGAAAUAGGUAAGGUUCUAACAAAUGGCAAAAAAAUAAAUAACAAAUACGGUCAUCAUAACAUUAGUAAUAAUAACAAAAAUAUAAAUUACAAUAAAAAUUUGAAAGAUAAUAGAUACAUUCAAUAUGAUAAAAGUUUCACCAAAUGUAAAAACAAAAAUGUUGUAAAUAAAUAUAUUCUGAAAAGUUGUGACAAUGACGAAAGUAGUGAUGAAUAUGUAACAUAUAAUGAAAAUGAUAAUAAUGAAAAUGAAGAUAUAGUUUCAUAUAAAAAUCGAACAUAUUUUUUUGUAUCCAAUAUAAAAUAUUUUGAUUAUUUAAAUCUAGUUGAUAUAAAUAUUGUUAAUAUUCUACUAAAAAGUAUAUUUUAUGAGAAUAUAUUUCUGCUUAACAAAAAUUUGUAUUUUUUAUAUUUAAAAUUUUUUAAUACAUAUCAAUUAUUUAAAAGCAAAAAUAAUAACAAUAAUUUAUUAAAUAAAAGACAUUAUGAAGAUGAUAUGAAUUGUAAUAAUAAUUAUUAUUAUCACUAUGAUAAUGAACGAAAAAAAACAAAAAACGUUGUUACACUAGGAGAAAAUAAAGAUGAUGAGAAAAAUAUACAAAAUAAUAUAAGUAAUUUUAUGAAAACAUCGAAACUUAAAAAAAAUAACUAUAAGAGCAAUAAAAUAAAUCAAUUCUACAAUGAAAACAACGAAAUAAUAGUUAGCAAAAAUCAAACUAGCAUAGAAAUAAUUAAAUUUUUUGAUUCUUAUAAAAUAUACAAUUUUGAAAACAUAGAUUUUUAUAUCAACAUUAAUAGAGAGGAUUUAUAUUAUAACAAAUUCUUUGAAUUAUCUAAUUUAAAAUUGAAAAAAAAUUUUAAUAAUGUAAUAGAAAUAUUGAAGAAAAAUAAUUAUGAUAUUUUUUUUAGUAAUAGUAAAGGGAGUGAAAAAAAAAAAAAAAAGGAAAAAGGAAGUGACACAAAUUAUAACGAUAAGAACAAAAAAGAAAUAGUGCAAAAAAGUUACUUAAGUGAUUAUAAAAUAUUAAAAGAUUGUUUUUUUUUUUUUGAUACUUUUAAAAUGGAUAGAAAUAUUUCAUCGUGUUAUUUUCCACAUAAUAAAGAUCCUGUUGUUGUUUAUUUAAAUAACUUUCAUAAUUAUUAUUUUUCUAAAUAUUAUAAGAAAAGAAAAAUACAUUUAUUAAAAGAUAAAGAAGAAAAUAACUCAAAAAGUAAAGAUUUAAUAGAUUUAGUAGAUAUGGAAAAUACUUCUGAUAGUUUAGAAAGUGCAUAUAUACAUAAGCACAAAUAUAAUAAAAAAAAUGUAAAUAAAUAUUUAAAAAAAAUAAUUAAAUUAAUAAAUUUAGAUAAUUUAGAAGAAAAAAAAAUAUUAAUUGAUACGAAAAUAAAUGAAAAUGUAGAUAAAGUCUUAGAUUUAAUGCACUUAUAUUAUACCUUAGAAAAAUUUUAUAAAAUGAAAUACACAUGUAUGUUUAGUAUUAGUGAAAUUAACUUUUUUAACAUAUUAAAUUCAAUUCAUUACAAACCAAAUAUUAAUUUUAAUAUAAAAUAUGAUAUAUAUGUUUAUUUAUUUGAAAUAAAAAAUAAUCAAAAUCAUUUAAGUAAUGUUUCUUUUCCUCCUAAUGAUAGUUUAUCAUUUAAUAUGAUAUCACGUGCAUAUAUUAGAGAAACACUAGAUAGUCCAAAUAAUUAUUCAAGUUUUAAUUUUAAUAAUAAUCUUAAUGGAAUAAAUUAUCUAACUAAUAACAACAGAAAUAACAAUAAUAAUAAUAAUAAUAAUAAUAAUAAUAAUAAUAAUAAUAGUAACAAUCCUAUAUCACAUAAUGAAGAUCCUCAAUACGAAUUAGAUAAUAUGAGUAGAAAUUUGAAUAAUGAUCCAUUUAAUGAACCAUCUGAAGUUACUAUGCUUAACAGAAGAAUAAGAGAAUUCAAUAAUUACUGGCAUAAUAGUAUAAGUGAAACAAGUAAUAAUAAUAUAAGAAAUAUACGAAAUAGCUCAAGAAGCAUAAAUAAUAAUAAUUCAAGAAAUAGAAGUUAUCAAAAUAGAACUCCUGAUAGACAUUCAGGUAAUAUUUUACAUAACAAUAAUCUACCUGAUUUAAAUAUUUUAACCGUAAAUAGAAGGAUUAGUAAUGGUAACAAUUUUAGAACAAAUUCUUCUAAUAAUCUAAGAUAUACUCAUAGUAACUUUGAUUAUAGUUCAAAUAAUAACAAUUUUGAAAAUAGUUCUAUUAACAGCUAUCCAAAUAAUAACAGUAAUUCUAUAAAUGUUUUUCGAGAAUAUUCUUCAUUUAAUUUUAAUAGGAACUAUCGUACAUCUUAUAAUAGGUUACACAAAUUAAAAUAUAAUAUAAAAAAAAAAAAUAAAAAAAAUAUAAAAAAAAUAAAAUUAAAAUUAAAUAGCAUAUUAAAUUCCAUAAAUGUUAAUAUAAAAGUAGCAAAAAUUGAAAAAAUAUUAAUCUUAAAUAAAUAUUUUAAAAAAUUACAAAGAUGUAAAAAUACAUUAAAAACAUUUAACACAAUGACAAUGAAAGAAAUAGCAAAUAAAAUAGGUGCUUCUUUAAUUACACAAACUAGUGAUAACAUUGAAAAUUUUUAUUUUAAUAAUAGUAUUUCCAAUAAUAAUAUUUUACCAAGAGAAUCUAAUAGAAAUAAUGAAAUAAAUAAUAAUGAAAAUGAAAGAAAUGAAAGUCUUGAUUCAAUUAGUUCCCAUCAAGAAAGUGAAUAUAAUAAAACAUUCAAUAUAACUAAUUAUUUUAGUUCUUCUUGCAGCAUUAAUAAUAACAGUAAUAAUAAUAAUAAUAAUAAUAAUAAUAAUAAUAGCAAUAACAACGAGUCUUCUAAUGAUGAAUUUUAUUCGAGUAAUUUUUUAUACACUCCUAACAAAACAUUAAAUGAUUUUGCAAAUAACGAAAAAAUGAAUGAUAUAUCAUUCGAUAAUAUAAAUAGAACAUAUAGAAGUAAUAUACUAUUUCAUAAUAAUGAAACAAGAUACAGUCAAAUGUCUGUUCUUUAUAGCGAUAGAAGAAAUAGUUAUAUAGUAAAUAAUGAAAGAAGAGAUAGUAAUAUCUCAUAUAAUGUUAACAAUGUAAUAGAUUCUAAUAUUCAUGGAGAUAGAAGAUAUAAUAACAUAGAAAAUGGAAAUUCUGUUUCUCACAAUAUGUUACAAAAUCGUUUAUCAAUAUAUUCUACUAGAAGUAUUAUAAAUCGUAGGGAAACAUUAAAUCAUUCCAAUGAUUUUAUAUCUAUUAACAAUACACCUAUAGAGGAAUGUAAUAUUUAUGGCGUGAAUGAUUUUAAGAAUACUCUAAAGAUAAAAAAAAAAUUAGAUUUUUUUGAUUUUACAUUUGAUAAAACAAAAUCUAUUAAAUAUAAUAAUUUUGUAAACGCCAAGAUAAGAAAUUCAUUCAAAUUGCAAUGCUCUUUAUGUCAAACUAUUUUAUACAAAAAAUAUGAAGAUAUAGAUAAAAAAAAAAAUAGGGUCCUAUUAAAUAUAGUAAACAAUGAAAAUUAUUUAUAUAAAUUUUUAAAUAAAAACCAAAAAUAUUGUGGUACCUACUAUUUAGCAGGUUUAAUAUAUGGUUUAGGUCUAUUACAAUUUUACAAAAAUAUUAAAAUUUCUUUAUUUUUACAAUAUAUUUUAAAAUUUAAAAAUAGGUGCUUAUAUAUUUGUUGUAUAUUAGGAAUUUCUUUAUCAUUAAUAUCAACUCAAAAUUCAGAAUUAACUUCUCUAUGCAUAAAUGCUUUAUUUAAAGAGUUGUAUGAUGACAAAAAGCUAAAUUAUGAAAAUUUGUUGUUUCAUUGUUUAAAUGAAAAUCAAUGUAAUGAAGACAAUUAUAAAUUUGCAUUCUACAAAAAAAAAAAAAUAAAUAAAUCGGAAAAUAUUUCAAAUAUUCACGACUUCAAAAAUAAAAAUUAUGAAAAUAUUACAGAUAAUAAUAAUAAUAAGUCAGAUUGCUUUAAUAUGUUGUAUGCACAUGAUAAUGAAUUCUCAGAUCAAACUAGUUCUACGCUACUUCUAACGAGUGAUACAUCUAUUUCAAAUAAUACAUUAGAAAGAAAUAUAAAUAGUGAAAUAAAUCAUUUUGGUGAAUCUAAUGUAUAUAUAAAUAAUGAAAGGAAUAUAAUUGAAGAAAAUAAUAUUAUAGUCGAAGAAAAUAAUGAUAGUUAUAAUAACAGUAAUUCUAAUUCUAAUUCUAAUAAUAAUAAUAAUAAUAAUAAUAAUAAUAAUAAUAAUAAUAAUAAUAAUAAUAGAGAGAUAGUUUCAUCAAGUAGCUGUGAAGAAAAUGAUAAUCAUAUAAAUUUUAAUCUCAAUGAUUAUCAAAAAAAUAAUCUAAAUAAAAAUAAUUCUAUAAAAAAUGAAAAUGAGUCAAAUACUCCACAAUAUGUAUGUAAUUCAAGGAAAAAUAAUGAUAUUAACAAAAUAAAUAAUAUUGAUGACAUAGAUGAGAUAAAUUCUCUUUUGAAUAUUUCGAUAAACAACUCUAUUUCUUCUGAUAAUAUGAAUAAAGAAGACAAAGAAAAAAAAAGAAAAAUGAAGAAAAUAAAAAAAACAUACAGAAAAAAAAAAAAAUAUCUUGACAGUUUAGUUUUGAGUAGUAACAUUUUAUGUAUAGGAUAUUUACAUUUGAAUAGCAAUAAUAAAUUUCUAACUAGAUAUAUUUUAAAAUUAUUGCAAAAGAAUGAUCUUAGUAAAUUAAAUUUACUAUCUAUAUUUUGGACAGUUGGUUGUAUUAAUUUUAAAAAAGGUAUUUUAUUUAAUAAUAUAAUUAGUUCUUUAUUUUGUUUUAUAAAUGCUAAUAUACCAUUCAGAAUUCACAGGAAUAAUUUUAUAAAAGGCUUUUCAUGGAAACAUAUAAAUAAUGAAGUCCCCUAUGAUAUAACGCAUAUAAUGAUAUCAUCUGCCUUGUCAAUUUCUUUAUGUUUUUUUAGAACUAAUAAUAUUCAUGCUUUUAAUAUGAUUUUUAUGCCUAUGAAAAAUGAUCAUGUAUAUUAUUUUAAUAAUUAUGAUAUAAUGGUUAAAUCUUUUGCUAGGAAUAUGAUUAUUUAUGAUUUCGUUGAGUUAUCUCAUGAAUAUAUUUUAUCUAACAUACCAGUUUUUUUAAGAAUAUUACCAAAUGACUUAAUAAGAAAUAACAAUAAGUUACCUUAUAUGUAUUUGCUUGAUGAAAAUGGGGAGUUCAAAAAUAAAAACAUAGAAAAAAAAUUCAUUUUAAAAAAUGGUCAUAUAAAUUUAGAUAAUGACUUUAUUUGUAGUGAAUUGAACAGAAUUUAUGAAAACAAUUAUUAUUUUUCUCUUACAAAAAAAAAUUAUUUUAACUGUUAUAAUAGUAAAAUGAAACAAGAAGCACAUUUGAGUUAUUUAUUUCAUAGCUCUAAUAGCUACUCAAAUAAUAAUAAUAUUAAAAGUAACAAUAAUAGCAGUAAUAAUAACAAUAAAAACAAUACUGAUAACAAAUUAUCCAAAGAUAACACUUUUGUUUAUAAUUGUGAAUUAUUACGUUACUAUAUUAUUAUUGGAGUAUUACAAGUUUUGAGUUUAAAGUAUUUAUCAACACAUCAUGAUCGAUUUAAAAAAAUAUGCUUUGAUUAUAUUUCUUAUUUUGAAAAUUUAAAUAAAGAUAUUUAUGCAAAAAAAAAACUUAAAAAAUUAUAUAAAAAAAUAAGUUAUUUAGUUCAAAAAAUUAAGGAUAAUGUUAUUGAAGAAAAACUAGUUAGUAAAAUUACAUCUGAAGAAAAUAAUUUGUGUUCAAAUUCAAAUGAACAUACAUCUUACAAAUAUAAUAAUGGAAUACAGGAAAAAACAAAUGAUGCACUUAACAAUCAAAUGAACAACAAAAUAAAUUUGAAUACAACAAAAAAUAAAAUUAAUAGUUUGAGUAAUAUAGUUAAUGAUAAAAAGAAAAAUAGAAUGAAAAAUGAGAGAUCAUACCAAUUAAGUGAUGAUUUAAAUGAUGAAAUUAAUAAUAAUUUUUAUAAUUUGAUUACUGGUUUAGAUGAUAAUUAUUCAAUUAAUUCAAGUAUAAGAAAAAAUGAAAAUACAAAUAAUGAAAACACAAAUGUUGAUAAGGAUUUAAUACAAAAUAUUAAAUGUGUAAUGGAAAAAGAUAAAAGAAAUUGUAAUAAGAAGUAUUUACAUAUAUAUAAGCUGAUCUUAAAAUAUGUUAAAAAAAUUAAAAAAAUUAAAAAAUAUAUAGAUAAUGAAUAUACUAAUGAAAAUGAAAAUUAUGCAAACAAUUUAUUAAUGAAAAAAUCAGAACAUAAUUAUGAUUUCUUGUAUAAAGUCAAAGAAGAAGACAUGAAUGAUAUAGUUAACUUAAUUUAUCAAUGUUUAUCUUUAGUUUUUGUUGGUAGUUGUGAUCAAAUUCUUAAUAAAAAAAUAAAAAAUAAAAUAAAUAAUAUAAUCAGUAUUAGAGAUAAAAAUAUGAAUAAUUUAUAUUAUUAUUAUUUAGGUUACAUAAAUUUAGGAUGUGGAAAAUAUAUUUUAAAAAAGCAAAUAGACUUAACUAUAUGUACAUUAACAUUGAUUAUCUUUAGUUUUUUUCAUAUAUAUGAUUUAUCAUCUCAUUUUCUUAUCCAUUUGAUAGAAUUUUUAUAUGUUUUAUUAAUUGAUAAACGAUUUUUACAAAUUUACGAUAUAUCUACUAAUAAAUUUGUCAAUUUACCUAUUCAAAUAAUUUAUAAAGAAAAAGAGAUUAAUUAUACAUUAAUAAAAAGAAAUCUUACAGAAGGAGAAAAUAUGAUAGCAACAAAUAAAGUACACAAAUAUAAUUUAUGUUUACUUAAGAGUAAUAAUAUAUGUUAUAAUAAGAAAGUUAUAUUAUCUCCAUGUGUUGUUCCACUUCUAAAUAUAGUAAAUCUUUCCAUUAUCAACAAUGAUUAUUAUAAUUUGAGUUUUUCUAAUUUUAAUGAAAAUAAUUCUGGUGAUAAUAAAAAUAUAAUAAAAAAAAUAAUAAAAAGAGGUAUCAUAUUUGUUAAAAAAAAAGAAUAUAAUGUAUCAUUAAAUUAUAAAAAUUUGUUAUUCACUGAUUUUUAUAAUUAUGAUUACUUUUUAUUUAACAAAAAUAUAUUGAGUGGGAAUCAUGGAAUUUUUAAUAGAGAUAAAUACGAAGAUUCACAUUUAAUUAAAAAAUAUAACAACUCAUUAGUAACUACAAUAGCUAAAGAAAAGCAUAAUAACCUAUUAAAUGACAUGAAUGAUCCAUAUUACUAUUUAUUAAAUGAUAAUAUGAAAUCAUUUUAUUUUAAUACAUUUAAAGUUAAUUUAAAAAACAUUUUAAAUAAUAAAAUGAUGGAAAGCAAUAAAAAUGUUAGUAAUAUAUCAAAAUUUCUAUUAGAAUUAACGAAAUAUUAUGCAAAAAUUCAAAUUUUCUAUUCAGAAAAUGCUCUUUUGUUAUUUCAAAUCAAAAAUAGUUAUAUAAAUAAAAACGUAAAUGAAAUUUUAAUGUUAAAAUAUUAUCUUAAAAUAGAAACAGAUAAAUACAUAAAUUAUAAUGAAGAAUUAUUAAAUCAGCAAUUUUCCAAAUUAUUUUAUUUUUUCAACGAAGAAUUUAACAAAAUCUUUAAAAUAAUUGAAAAUUUUAAUGAAACAAAUAAAGAAAAAAAGCAUUAUAUACAACUUAUUUAUCAUUUAAUAUUAAAUUAUUUUAAAGAAAACUAUAUUAUCAAACGUUUCUCACCUGAUAUAUUGGUAAGACACAAAAAUAUUGUUAAUAUCUUGGACACUUUUUUGAAUAAAAAAGAAUAUAAUAUAAAAAAUGAUGAUAAUAAGAAUGAAAUAAAUUAUAAUAGCAAUAUAUUUUUACCAAUUGUAACACAUAACAAUCUUUAUAACAAUAAAUACUUUAAAAAUAACAUAUAUUCCUUUUACUAUAAAAGUGGUGAAAAAAAUGAAGCAAAUUUUUUAAAUGAUAUUAAUAAAAUGUUAAUAGAAUAUUCUUUAAAUAAUAUAAAAAGAUUUACGAAUGCUCAAUUGAUCAGUGAAAUUUAUAAUAAUUAUUAUUUUUUGCAGUUGAUACAAAAUUUGCAUAUCAAUAAAUGUGUAAAUUAUUUAUGCUUUUUAUCGGAAAUUUAUAAUUCUUUUUAUUAUUUUUAUGAUUUCUUUUAUAAAUAUUGGAAAAACAAUUAUUUAAAUUCUUUAACAAAAAAUAAAAAGAAAAAAAGGAAAAAAUACAUUAUUUAUGAUUUGGAAUUUUUUCAUUAUUUUAUAAAUUACAAAGAUAAAAAAAAAAUUAUUUAUAUAGAUUUAGAAGAAUUUUCCUUGAAUAAAUACGCCCUUUCUGAAAAUUCAAAAAGUUAUUUUUUUGAUACAAGCAGCAUUAGUAAAAAUUCAACUGAAAGAAAAGUAUUAAAAAAUAAAGAAAAUUAUAAUUUAAGUAAUUCACAAUCUAAUCAUAAUGAAGUGACAAACUAUUGCAAAAUUUUAUUAGAAAAAAAAGAAAGUAAAGAAAAUUUUAUUUUUGAUAAGUUACCUGAUAUACUCAGCUGCAAUUUUGAAUACCUUAAAAUAAUAGAAAGAAUAUAUAAAAAUUCGAGCGAAUACAGCUUGAUUAAAUAUUUAACAUUUUUUGAAAAUGAUCAGUAUUUUGUGUAUUUCUUUGAAAAUAAUAUCAAAUUAAUAAAAACUAUAUUUUUACAGUAUUAUCAUAAAGGAUAUGUUGAUAAAUGUAUAAUUUUUAAUAAAAAAAAAAUAGGAGUGAAUAAUUGUAAUGAUUUAAUAUAUUUAUUCACUGAAUAUUGUAAUUUCCCCAACUAUUAUUAUUUUUGGAAUACAGUUGCUAAUGAUGAAGAAAAUUUUCUUUUUAUACCUCAAUUUAGACAUUUUUACGAUUAUAGGUAUAACAAGUAUAUUCACUCAAUUAUAUUAAAAGGAAAUAAAAUGUUAUGUAAAUUUAACUCUAUGGAAAAAGAAGACAGAGAAAUACAAAUAAAAAAAAAAAAAAAAAUGAAGAAAAGAAGAAAAAAGAAUAAACUCCAUAAUAAAAAAAAAUAUAAUUUUACAUUAUUUCAUAAUAGACUCUUAAAUGGAAAAAGGAUAUUCAGAAUAAAUAAAAAUUUUCUGAAAAAGGAUAUAAAUAAAUGUAAAUAUUUAUAUUUUAUAAAUACCAUUGAGAACAAGCAGAAUUACCUAAGUUAUAAUAAACUUAGAAAACUCAAAAAAAUAAAUAGAAAAUUAAUUGAUAAGAAUAAUGAUUUUUAUUUUAUAUAUAAAAAAAAAGAUAAUUAUCAUUUAUUUUUAAUUUUAAAAAGAAUAGCAAAAAUUAUUCUCAAAAAUAUAAAAAUCAUGCAAUGCCCAUUUAGAAUACCAUUAGCAGAGUCAUUAGUUAUGAAUACUUCAUUUAAUACAUACAGUAUUCUUAAGCACUGGGAGAAGAAAAGCGAAAAAGUAUCAAAUGCAUUGAUUAAUUAUCAUAAAAUAUCAUUAAAUUCAAAAUAUAUUAAUUCAUUUUUCAAAGAUAUUUUAUUUUGUUUUUUUAUUGGAAACUUAUAA